AGACGCGGAAGUGAUUUCCAGCUAUCAAGCAGAUUUUUGUAAAUCAGUUUCAGCUCUCGGGUUAAAAUACCGUAACGCUUGACGUUAUUUUGAAAUGGAUUGUCCACGCUGGUUGCCUCUGGAGUCCAAUCCAGAGGUCAUGACAAAAUUUGUCAAUUGUUUGGGUAUGAGGCUAACCUGGAAAUUUGGAGAUGUAUAUGGAUUCGACCCAGAGCUUCUCAACAUGGUGCCAAGACCAGUGUGUGCAGUGCUACUCCUCUUCCCAGUGACAGACAAGUAUGAGGCAUUCAAGCAAGAAGAGGAAGAGAAACUCAAGGAUAAACUACAGGAGGUCUCUCCUGAUGUCUACUUCAUUAAGCAAACAAUCGGAAAUGCCUGUGGAACAAUAGGAUUAAUUCAUGCAGUGGCAAACAAUCAGGCACAUCUGGAAUUUGAGCCUGAUUCUCCCCUUAAGAAGUUUCUUGAACAAACCUCUAAAAUGACCCCAGAGGAAAGGGCUGUCUUCCUGGAAAAAGAUGAGAGUAUACGUGUUACACAUGAAUCAAGUGCACAGGAGGGACAGACAGAGGCACCAAGCCUAGAUGAGAAAGUGAAUCUGCAUUUUAUAGCUUUUGUGAAUGUCGGAGGACACUUAUAUGAACUGGAUGGACGGAAGCCUUUCCCUAUUGUCCAUGGAGAAACUUCAGAAGAUACCUUCCUCGAGGAUACUGUAGAAGUCUGUAAGAACUUCAUGGCUCGUGACCCUCAGGAGCUUCGUUUCACGAUCAUUGCCCUCUCCAAAGAUUAAUACUAAAGAAACACUCAGCUGAGAAAACAAAGACGACAUUACUGCCAAACGUUCUCAAGUGCUGACUUCACUGGAAAAUAAGAUUGUUGUUUUUUUUUGUCAAAAUACUAAAGCAAGAGAGAUGUGGAAAAUAAUAAAAAUGUCAUAGGUAUUGUUCCAAGUUCAACUUUCGUUGUAUAGCACUUGUUACAGUAGUUGUAAGGGAAUUAGACUGCUGUGCAAUUAAAAGUUCCCCACAACUAUCAGCUGUACCACACUGAUGCUGCACUAAAGUGCGUUUACAAGAUGGGUUUGGUUUCAGUUAAGACACAAUUUAACACACUUUUCACUGAGAGGGCUCGACUUUUUUCACUCUGGGUUCACUGAUACUUAAUGUAUGGGGUGAUUUGCUGUUGAUCAUAUGCCUAACCAUGUGGUCAAAACCACUUGAAGGAACAUGUUUUGCAAGGCUUUAAUUUAAGUCUUAACUCUAGGGGGAAAACGUACGACUAAAGCAGUUAUACACAUUAAUGGUAUUAUGAGAAGCUUUUCAACAAGUAAAUGUCUUCUGUAAG